CUCUCUCUGUCUCUCUAACUUGUGAACAACAUUCAUGACGGCUUAUUUUGAGCAUGUUGCUUAAUGGUGCAACACAUUUGCAGAACCACCGCAAGGAUCCGAUAAUCUGCUCUUGCCAUGCUUUCAUCUAAUGUUGCAAGUCUCGAGUGAUUUUUGAAGAGGUGUUUGGAUCGGGUCAUGAUCAGGGUCUGGAGCCAAGGUGGAACCCAGCACGUUUCGGCCGGGCGAAGGUGUGUAGAAUUGCUAGAAUCCCUUAUCAGGAGUACGCGAGGGGCUCUAGCGACAGGUGAGCCUGUAUUGAGUGACGCCAAAUGGAUCAGAAACACGAAGCCGGCGUCAAGCACCUAGAUGACGUUGUACCGAGCGUGUGGAUGGCGCCAACGGCAUAUAUCACCCAUGCUCUUAGCUUCUUGCAAUGCGCCAAGCUGUUGGCCAGACAUGGGCUGACCAUAACUCUGUUCUACCUUGAUGAUGAUUUUCAUAGUCUAGAUGCAAUGGAAAAUGGAAUGCUUCUAGACAACUUGAAGCGUGAAGGUUUGGAUAUCCGAAUGCAAUGUCUGGGUCCAAGAGCUCGAUUAGUGGACGAUGGUUCCUCUGAUUUAUUCAGACAUCGUCAAAUCCACCAUUGCACAGCCGGAGCAGAGCGUAUGGUGCAGAAAUAUAUGAGAAGCGAGGUGGAUCGUGGAACAAAACCUACAUGUCUUUUAUCAGACGUUUGGCUGGGAAGCUUAAGGGAGGAGGCCACCUCGUACGGUAUCCCAUCCUGGGUUUUGUGCCCUUAUGCAUCAGGUUACUUGUCAACUCUAACCUAUGUAUACCAGCUACAGUCGAAGGGCAUCUUGAAUCUACCGUAUUCUUUCCGGGAUGGAGUCAACCGGAAUGAAUGUAUCAGCAUUCCGGGUUUGCCUCUACUGAAAAUCCAAGAUAUUCCCAUCUAUUUCUCCCGAGAAAGUCCUCUUUUUGAGUACUUGAGUAUCGGUGCAGCGUCGGUUUCGAAAUGUAGUGUUAUUCUUCUGACCAGCUUUUAUGAGCUGGAGUCGAGAUCUAUCGAGGGAUUCAAAAGCUUCAUGAGGGCUCUAGCAGUCGGAUUUCAUAAAAAGAGUCCAACGGUCUGGAGUAUUGGCCCAACAUUCGAUAUGGCUUCUUACAGCAAAGAGUCGAACGUGGCCGAAAGCGAACCUGGAGAGUUACACAAGCACCCCAGCAUUGCGUUUCUGGACACGCAAGCUGCGUCCUCCGUCCUCCUGGUGAUGUUUGGAACACUUGUUUACCACACUCCAGAACAAAUCGAAGAAAUUGCAAGAGGGCUCGAAAACAGUCAGCAACCAUUCCUAUGUGUUCUAAAUGUGCCAAACAUGAACACGGGAUGGAUUACUCCAGGCCAUGAAGAAGAUCGUAUUUCUGCUGUGGUUCCAGCAGACUGCAUUGGCAAUGCCAGAGGGCGAGGAUUAUUUCUAGAAGGAUGGGUUCCUCAGAAAAAGAUACUUGCACACCCAUCUACAGGAGGGUUUGUCACACACUGUGGCCAGAAUUCGAUUCUGGAAAGCAUAGGGAUGGGAAUUCCUCUAAUAGCAUGGCCUAUGCUUUCGGAUCAGCUUCUCAAUGCCAGGUUCUUGGUAAAUGAGGUGCAGAUCGCAGUGGACAUUUCCAGGGGACCUGAUGGCUUCGUGGACAGAAAGGAGCUAGAGAAAAGUGUCAGGACUCUAUUUCACAGCGAUGAAGGAAACCUUGUACGGAGGAAUUGUCUGAUGAUGAGAGAAAUGGCCAGAAAGGCUGUACAAGAAAACGGUUCCUCUUGGAAGAACAUCGAGGCUCUGGUUGCUCUCAUAAGAAGUCUGUCGACAUGAAGAACUUCCAUUGGCUGGCGAAAUUGGAUAAGAGUAGCUCGUGAAAGACCCACUAAAUAAGAUGCAGGAGGAAGAUUUAGGUUUCUGAAGUUUGUGUUGCUGAUGGAUCUUAUUUUUCUCAUGUUUUACUUGAGCCGGACGUUUCGUCUACAAUGUUCAUUGUAGAAUUUACGCCUGGAAAAAAUUGUAGCUCAGCUGUAAUAAGAAGGGUCUCGGCAUUUGAUGCGAUAUUUUAUUAUGCUCUUAGAAAAUCAUCUUGAGCUUAUUAUCUUUUGUAGUAGACAAAAGACAAUGAGCAAUGACAGUCAUUCAUCCAUUCUCAGUUAUAUAUAUCAUAAAUAUUUUCAUCAACUAAAAAUUGAAAGCUAGUCGGUAUUGCCAGACCAAAAGAUUGUGAUGAUGUAUCAUAAAAUAUUGUUAUUAUCUUAAACAAACAUCUAAAUUGAUCAUUCAUC